CUCCUCUACAGACUAAGCUCUGCAAAAUCUAGGGUUUUUUCCUGCUAUUGCAGAUUCAUCAGAGAAGCAACGAAGUCGCACAGGAUGGGUCACAGCAACGUUUGGAAUUCUCACCCCAAGAAGUACGGUCCUGGAUCUCGCACCUGCCGUGUGUGCGGAAACUCCCAUGGACUCAUCAGGAAGUAUGGAUUGAACUGUUGCAGGCAGUGCUUCCGUAGCAAUGCCAAGGAGAUUGGCUUCAUCAAGUACCGCUGAAGAACCAUACCAGUACUUGAUAUCGAACGGGGCUCUUUUGUGUGAUAUGGAGAAGUAACGUCUUUCUUUUUUUCGAAACUUUUGGAUCAUAUAUUUCGGUUUCUGUUUUGGUUUGAUUUGAGUUUUUGGAUUAGGGCAGCUAUGAAAUCCUCGGUUCGGGAAAUGGGUUCAGAGAAUCAAUGUACUUACUUUAAAGUUAUGAUUCAAAGAAGAGGAUAAAUUGCAUAUGAACACCUUUCAGAGUCA